AUAUCUGUUGAUAUAUCUACGGAGUAGUAGCUACACACACACACACACACAAAUAAGCUACUAGUGGCUGAAAGUCUGAAACUGAAAGUCUGUCUGAAACCUCGCUCUCUCCGGCCGAACCCCUCAUCGCAUGCGACCAAGAUCUUAAUUUGAUGAUGAUGGUGAGGAUGAGGAGGAGGGCCUCCACGCUCCUUUGCACCCUGCUCCUCCUCUCCCUGCCGUGCUUCCAUCUGGCAAGCGCCCAUGGCGGCAUCGACGACGGUGACAACGACGGACAUGCCACCACUCCGCCGGCCGACGCCGACCCGUCGUCGGUUCAUCAGCACCUGCGUUCCAAGGGCCUGAUCGCCGUCAAGGUGUGGUGCCUCGUCAUCCUGCUCAUCUUCACCUUCCUCGGCGGCGUGUCACCCUACUUCUACCGCUGGAACGAGGCCUUCCUCCUCCUGGGCACACAGUUCGCCGCCGGUGUCUUCCUCGGGACAGCGCUCAUGCACUUCCUUGCCGACUCCACCAGCACCUUCCACGGGCUCACCAAGAACCAGUACCCGUUCUCCUACAUGCUGGCCUGCGUCGGCUUCCUGCUCACCAUGCUCGCCGACUGCGUCGUCGCCGCGGUCACCAAGAGAAGCGCCGCCGGCGGCGGCGGCGGCCAGAGGGUGGUCAACGAGGCCGCCAGGGAAGAAGGUGACGCCCGUCAUCAGACUCAGACCAAGCAGGAGGAUGCGGCGCACGCGCGCCACCCCAUGUUGGUCACGGUCAGGACGGCGUCGUUUGAGGACGCCGUCCUGCUCAUCUUCGCGCUCUGCUUCCACUCCAUCUUCGAAGGCAUCGCUAUCGGCGUCUCGGCAACCAAGAGCGACGCGUGGCGCAACCUGUGGACGAUCGGGCUGCACAAGGUGUUCGCGGCGGUGGCCAUGGGUAUCGCGCUGCUGCGCAUGAUCCCCAAGCGCCCGUUCCUGAUGACGGUGGCCUACUCGCUGGCGUUCGCCGUGUCCAGCCCCGUCGGCGUGGGCAUCGGUAUCGGCAUCGACGCCACGGCCGAGGGCAGGGCGGCGGACUGGACGUUCGCCAUCUCCAUGGGCUUCGCCACGGGGGUGUUCCUCUACGUGGCCAUCAACCACCUCAUCGCCAAGGGCUACCGACCCCAGGAGCCCACCCGCGUGGACAGCCCCUCCUUCAAGUUCCUCGGCGUGCUCCUCGGCGUCGCUGUCAUGGCCGUCGUCAUGAUCUGGGGCUAGACGUUCGUCCUCACGUAAAAAUCCAAUCCAUCCAUCACAUCCAUCCAGUUUCAUUUCUUCCUUGCAUUAUACUCCCUCCAUCCCAACAAAUUAUAAGUCAUUUGACUUUUUUUAUCCUAAGUUUCACCACUCGUCUUAUUCAAAAAUUUUGUGCAAAUUUAAGUCAUUCUUGAAGAACUUUUAUUAAUAAACCAAUACACAACCAAAAAAAAGUGAUAUUUUGUACAAAACUUUAAAUAAGACGAGUGGUCAAACUUGAUAUUUAAAAAGUCAAACGACUUACAAUUUAGGAUGGAUUGAGUAUUACAAACAAAAUUGCAUGCGUUUGCAAACAAUGUGUAACGUAUUUUCGCAUUAAUUGGCUCGGUUUUGUGAUCUCUUUCCAAUAAUCAUGUAUUUAUGAUGAGUAUGAUUAAUUUGCAACAUAAUAUAAGUACCUCAUGUGAAAAGUC